CUUCUAUAUAUGUAAACAUAUGUGGAACAGCAAUGGAAGAAACAAGGGAAGGAAGUGAAAAGAGAAGGUGAGAAAAAUGGGUUGUUUCUUCAUAUGUUCACCAAAAUUUCUCUUCUUUUACCUUUUAAUUGUUCAAUCGUUUGUCUCAGAGACAAUCUCCUUUGAAGACAAUAAGCCAACAGCCUAUGAAGUUCUCAUGGAUUUCAACUUCCCUGCUGGUCUUCUCCCAGCAGGUGUUACUGGCUAUGAUCUAGACCCUAUAACAGGUGAAUUCUCAGCUUUCUUGAAUGGUACUUGUACCUUUACGCUUCAAAGGACUUAUAAAUUGAGAUACAAGAAUACCAUUAGAGGGUAUAUUUCAAAUGGGAAGCUUGCAAGAUUGGAAGGUAUAAGUGUGAAGUUCCUUUUCUUCUGGGUUAAUGUUGUUGAAGUGUCAAGGAAUGGGGAUGAGCUUGAAUUCUCAGUAGGGAUUGCUGGUGCUGGUUUUCCUAUGGAUAGUUUUGAAGACAGCCCUCAGUGUGAAUGUAAGCUUAUAUGCAAUGAUCAGAAAGUAAGGAAGAUUAGGGAAAUCCCUUUUGUUUCUGCUUGAUUAGAACCCAAGUUUGAAAUGAGGGGAUAAUUUGAUGUAUUGAACUCUGUCACAUGAAUUUUAUUGGUGUUCUUGCUCAAUGGAAUGAAUGAAUGAUGGCUUAUUUUGUUAAA